AUGGAUUUCGAAACAUCAGCACCUUUGCUGGCGGACAGCAACAACAACUACAACAACAACAACGGCGGCCUCCCUGAUUCGAAAGAAGCUGCUGCUGGUUCAGAUGAUGAUGGAUAUGACUGUAUCCGACCAACUCAAUCAGAGGUUAGCGAUUUCGAAUACGUAUCCUGUGGCACUUUCUUGAAUACCAUGGCCAAAAUCUGUCCCUCAUUUUCUCAAGAAAUCUCUCAGGUGGUACAGGAGAUCAAAAAUCUUUACACCAUAGCAUUUCCCCUGAUUAUCACUGGCCUGUUGGUUUAUGGUAAAUCUAUGAUAUCAAUGCUGUUCAUGGGAAGAUUGGGGAAAGAUGUUUUAGCUGGAGGGUCUCUUUCCAGUGGGAUAGCAAAUAUCACUGGGUUCUCUAUCAUAUCUGGAUUAGCCAUGGGAAUGGAAGGCAUCUCUUCACAAGCCUGUGGGGCUAAGCAAUGGCUCCUGAUGGGACAAACUCUUCAGAGAACAAUAGUGAUUCUCUUGUUUUCUUCUGUUCCAAUCUGCAUUUUGUGGCUGAAUAUUGAACCCAUAUUACUCCUCUGUGGCCAAGACCCGGUUAUAUCAUCAAUUGCAGCAACCCAUAUAGCAUUCUGUUUACCUGACCUUGUUUUCCAAUCCAUCAUCAACCCUUUGAAGAUCUUCCUCAGAACACAGAACAUUACUUUUCCUCUUAUGUAUAGUGCUGCUUUUUCCCUUACUUUACAUGCACCCAUAAAUUAUAUUCUCACCUGUAAAUUUGGCCUAGGAAUUCGAGGUAUCGCCGCUGCAUCAGCCGCCACCGAUUUCAUCCUCCUGGCAACUCUGAUUUUCUACAUUAUUUUAUCAGGGGCUUAUAAAAAAUCAUGGCCCGGGUGGUCGAUCAAAUGCUUUUAUCAAUGGAAACCAAUUAUAAGCCUUGCUCUGCCUAGCUGUGUGUCUGUGUGUUUGGAAUGGUGGUGGUACGAAUUGAUGAUUCUGUUAUCCGGGUUGCUUUCCAACGCCGCGGAAGUUGUGGCUUCAAUGGGGAUUCUCCUGCAGGCAACUUCUUUAGUCUACAUUUUCCCAUCAUCCUUAAGCCUGGCGGUUUCUACCAGAGUUGGGAAUGAGCUUGGAGCCAAUCAGCCAUCAAAGGCCAGGAUUUCUUGCCUAGUUGCAUUUGCAUGCGCGGUUUUUACCAGCAUCAUCGCAAUGUCGUUCAUGACAACUUUCAGGAAAUCCUGGGGGCGUGCUUUUACAACAGAUGAAGCCAUUCUGAGCUUGACUGCCAUGGCUAUGCCGGUGGCCGGACUCUGCGAGCUCGGAAACUGCCCGCAGACCGCCGGCUGUGGGGUGCUCCGGGGCUGUGCUAGGCCAACUUUGGGUGCCACCAUCAAUUUAGGAUCCUUUUAUGGAAUUGGGCUGCCGCUUGCUGUUGUUUCAGGGUUUGUGAUGGGGAAGGGAUUUUUAGGCCUGUGGUUAGGCCUUCUUGUGGCGCAGGCGGUUUGUGCAGUGAUGAUGGUGUUUGUGUUGAAGAGAACAGAUUGGAUUGUUCAAGCAAAUAGAGCAAGGGAGUUGAUUGGAAUUGGAGAUGAUCCGGGUCAAGAUGGUGAAUUGAUCCAUCACCGUAAAGUGUUCUCGAACGUGUGA